GAUUAUCCGAACAUCCGAUUAUCCGGACUCAUUCGUCUCGGCUCUAAUAAUUAAUUUAAAAACGUUUUGACGACGCAACGAGACGUGUUACGACAAGUUUAUUCCCGCCUCCGACGGUGUACUCCCGCUCUCAUUUGUUUGCGGGAUAGUGUUUGUUAUUGCUUCAUUUUCUUUGAUAGCGUUCAACUGAAAGGUUGUCUUUCGUUUUUGUUUACGUUUUGUGUUGGAAAUUUAAAAUGUCCAAGCGAAAAAGAGUAGUGUUGUCUCUUAAAGACAAAAUGAAGAUAAUUGAGAGUAUAAAAAAUGGUGAAUCUGGCAGUAAGUUGGCACAAAUAUAUGGUGUCGGAACUUCUACGAUAUCAGACAUUAAAAAAAAUUCUGAUUCCAUAAUGAAAUUCACCUGCGCGCUUGAGCAAGAAGAUGGAAGUUCGCAACGUAAAGUCAUGAAAAAAUCUCAAAAUGAAAUUCUGGAGAAUGCAGUUUUUACUUGGUUCUUACAAAAGAGAGCAUGCGGUCAGCCCAUAUCUGGACCUCUGUUAUGUGAAAAAGCAUUGGAUUUUAAUCAAAAACUUGGUGGUGAUACUUCUUUCAAGGCGAGCUGUGGAUGGUUAGCAAGAUUCAAAUCCAGACAUGGAAUUCGAGAACUGGAGAUUCAAGGAGAAAAACUGUCUGCUAACGUUGCAUCAGCCGACUCUUUUGUGACCGAGUUAAAAGAAUUUCUAGAUGAAAAAAAAUACGAUUUAGAUUUUGUAUACAAUGCGGACGAAACAGGUCUUAAUUGGAAAGCUCUACCAAGCAGAUCAUUAGCAUCGCGACGUGAAAAUGCAGCACCGGGGCACAAAGUGAGUAAGGACAGAGUUACAGUUAUGGUUUGCGCAAACGCUAAAGGAACACAUCGAUUGCCACUGUUACUUAUUGGUAAAUCAAAAAAUCCGCGCUGUUUCAGGAAUGUUAAAAUACCCUUAAUUUACGCUAACCAACAAAAAGCGUGGAUGAACACAGAUAUUUUUCUUACUUGGUAUGAAAAUACGUUUAUUCCUGAGGUGAAGAAAUUUCAAAAGGACGUGGGAAAAGAGGGCGAUGUAUUGUUGUUAUUAGAUAAUGCGCCAACGCACCCUUCCGCUGAAACACUAAAUCGAGAAAAUGGGAAGUUCACGGUUAAGUUUUUGCCCCCUAACGUAACAUCGAUAUUGCAACCUAUGGACCAAAGUGUCGUUGAAACUUUAAAACGUUUAUACAGAAAGCAGCUACUGCGUCGUCUUUUAUCAGCAGACGACAGUGAAAUAGAAACGUUGUUAAAGUUUUUUAAAGAAAUUAAUUUAAAAGAUUGUUGUUAUAUGCUGGUAGAAGCGUGGAAUUCUGUGGAAUUGCAAACAUUAAAAAGGGCAUGGAAUAAAUUAUUAAAAUUAACUCUAUCUGAUUCUUCAAUUAAACCGCACGACGAUUUUAAAGAAAUAACCGAAGCAAUGAAAAUUCUUAGCAUUGGUGAAGGGUGCGAUGAAGAGAAUAUUAUAGAGUGGCUGAACUGCGAUAGUGAAGACCCUGGAUUCCAAAUAUUAACUGAUGAAGAAAUCAUUGAGGAUUUAAACAGUAACGAGAGAGAAGAUGAAGAAGAGACUGAAACUGGGGAUGUAUGUCAAGUACCAUCUCACGCAGAAGCUUUUGAAGCUCUAGAUGUUGCUUUUAAGUGGUUUGAAAGACAGGACGAAUCGGAUCCCAUACAGUUGUUACAACUGAAGCGCAUCAGGGACUUGGCUGCGAGAAAAAGAUGUGAUUCAUUACGUCAAAAAUCUAUAACAAGUUAUUUCCAACCAAAAUUUUAAAUUACAUAGGUAUUAUGUAAUUCAUUAUCUAUCGUUAUAGCUCGAUUUUUAUGUAUCGUAUUAUCUAAGUAAAACCCAUUACAUAAUAAAAAAUUAUUAAAACUUAAA